CAAAAAUGGCAAAAAAUGCGUGAUGAAAUGAAAUUCAGAGAAGAAAUUGAUUGUUUCUCGGAAAACUGACUGAACGAAGAUUAAUUUCCUUGAAUUUAGUUUUGGAAUUUGACAGUACAAUACCUAAAAUACAAAAAUAGUUGUCACGCGGUUGUGUUUAAAUUUUUAGGCUUAAAUUAUAAAAGAAAAAAUUGUUUAGUUUGUUUCUUUUUGUGAUGAUGUGCCGGUAAUUAGCUCAAAUGCAAGUGCAAAGAAAAAUUAAUGUAGUGGCUCAGCACGAUUUUGAGGACGGGAUGGAUUCAAAACUUAGCUUGAUGUCUUCGAAGGCUAUGGAGACUCGUUAUUACGAGGGCUGUGGACGCGAAGGUCCAAUACGAUGUAUAUUUUUGGGGGAAUUCCACCCUGUGGCUGGCCCAAAGAUUUCAUGCCAGUUCCCCGAAGACUAUAUUUCUAAAGAAGUCUUUGAUACAAUCAGUGCUUACAUCAUUCCAAAACCACUAAUACAAAAAAGUACCAUGACAAUAAAUGCUUUAGGUCAUAAGGUAGUUGGGUACCCAAUCAGAAUCGACAACUCCAAUUAUGACCGUAAUAUGUAUGUCUUCAAUUUAUGCUUUGUGUGCGACAGUUGGUCUAAAACAGUCCAAUAUGAACCUGUUGUUAAAAAACUUGGUGAACACCUGAGAAUCAUGGAAGAAGAGACCAAAUUUGUAUCCAGCGGUUGCAGCAAGCUGCCCACACUCCUGGCACAUCUCCUUCACGAUUUGAACAUGUACAGAAAAGCCACAAUUGUUGAAGGCGAUACAGUUAUGCACUUGAAAGUCCUGGAGGUGCGGAAGGACCCAGCGCCGGUGCACGAGCACGAUGUGCCCGUGCUGGUGGCGUCGGUGGGGCUGCCGCGGCCCGGCCGGCCGCAGCGGACCGUCCCGCCCGAGGGCGCCGAGCCGCCGAGCGAGCACCUGGACGUCGAGGACGACGAGCCGUUUGAAGUUGACCUGACUGCCGAUUGGGACCUUACUACCAGACAACUGCUUCCUUACAUUAACGGAUACAACCACGUUUCAAAAAUUGCGGCGGACACCAACGUUGAGAAGACAUUAGUGAAAUCAUGCAUCCAGAACCUGCUGUACUACGGAGUCGUUACUUUGAUACCGGUUCUGAAGUACAGCAACAUGUACCGGGCCACCCCCAAACUGAGCCGUUUAUUCGUCGAUCACGAGUUGCAGAAGUCGUGCAUCACCUUCAUCACCAACGGAUCGGACGCCAGGGAAAAGCCUGCCAUGACGGACGUGUUGGACAUCCUUUGCUCUCUGCAGCAGGGGACGACCCUGCGUGCGGUGUGCGAACGGUACUCCAACACCCCUGGCGUCGCGUUCGAUGUGCGGAGGCUGGUGGUGUUCGCUCUGCUCCACAGCCUUAUCCAGUGCCUUAAAAGAUACCCGGUGUUCGUCCGCUACACUGCGCGCCCAAAUGGCUACAACGGCCGCUUCGACAGCCUCGGCAUCCGGCGGCUGUUCACGGGCCAGCAUUGCACCGACGAGAUUUGUCUCAUGGCGCGUAUCGACCUCCCCACCCUCGAGCAGAUCAUCGAGGAUGACCCCAACGUCGCGGUCAUCUGGAGGUAACCAGGAACGUGUGUACCCGUCAAUGGACCCACUUCAUUUGCGCAUCUUUUGGAUUCGUUGCUAUGUAUGUUAGGUUAAUGUUAGGUUUCGUCCGCGACUCGCUCCCGAUGGUCCUGCUUCGUCUAUCUUCGGCUGCGACCGGCACAGACGCAGACGUGUGGGGCCGAACGUUCGCGAGAUAGGACCCCGUUCAUAAUUCUCUAAUUCCACCCACCUACCAGUUUGUGAGUGUACGCUCGCGCACGAUACGGCUGCACUUUUUCACACUGAACGCCUUGUGUGCCCGGUUUCUUUACUCAAGGACUUAUCGUUGUGUGGUUCUCUUUCUGCUCUUGUAAAGUUGGACAGGACAUGCAACCGAGAGUGCAUUCGACGAAUCCGUCGUCUAUUUCUUUCUUUCUUACAUUAGUGUUAAGGAUCACCACUAUCGAUGAUACUGUUUUGAAUUUUGAAUCCGAUAUUACCAGCCGUCGACUGCUCGACUGUACAACUAGGUAUUGCGUAGGGAGGAAGCGAGGUCGUGGAACUGUUGGUACUUUAUCCUCCAAGUCCCUCCCUUCAUCGCGGGGUGGGUAGCACGGGUGCCGAGCACUCGUGUCGCUCAUCAAGCAUCUUCAUCGUUUGAUGUAAUUUAUUUGAAAAACGUUAUAUUUAUUUUCAUCAUUGUUAUCGUUCGUCACCUUAUUUAUAAUAGUCAUUUAGGUGUAAGCGUUUAAAUGCCGUCGAUAGGCAUUUAAGGUUAGGAUAAGUCGUUAGUCGUGCUAAGAUCGUCACGCCUGCCACGUAGCUGCACAUCUUCGUUCGCA